GAGUAUUAUCGAUUAAAUUAAGAAUACAUCGAUCAAAAGAAGUGAAAUUAAUACUCAACUCUCCAAAUUCUACAUUGUCUCAUUUCGACAUCUGUUUGAAUUUCCAUGCUAUUAACUCCCGUAUUUAACUGUUUCCUAUCAAAAACUGCUUUCAGAUACAAGAUUACGUAAGAUUUAUAACACUGAAAAUUUUGUGAUUCAUGACUAUCAGUAAAUAAAAGUAUUUGAUUUAUAAUUGGCCUGUAAAUGAAAAUCAAUAGAACUAUCAUCAUUAUUGAUUUUUUUUAAAAAUAUAACCUUCAAUAAUUUAAAAUAAUUUACAUCUAUCUAAUUGUUAUUCACCAUAAACACAUUGUUUAGUUUAUAGACAUUGUUAGAAUUGGAAAAAAUCUUGUCUGAUUCAUUAUGAAAUAAUGGAAUCCAGGUAUAUUUCACCUCCAGAAUGUAUUUCGAAACAAAUCUGCUUUAUAUUAAAUAAUAUUACUGAAUAUAAUUUAAAAAGUCAAGUUAAUGAAAUCACUACUAUUAUGCCACAUGAUUUUACUCGAUGGUUUGCUUAUUCAAUUCUUAAUCGUAUCACUUCAGAACCAAAUCAGCAUAAUGUAUACUUUAAAUUUAUAAUAAUGAUUUCAGAAUAUUAUACAAAUUUUGAAACAGUUCUAUUAGAAAUUUUAACAAAAGAAAUUGAUUAUUUAAUAAAAUUAUCAAAUCUUAAUGUUUCUAAUGGUAAAAUAUUAAAAUAUUUUGGUAGAUUUUUAGGUUGUUUAACAAUUGCACGAGAUAUUCCUUUACAAAUAAAUAUCAAAUCAUUAAUUUAUACAACUUUGAAAUAUAAACCUAAUUCAUUAGAUUAUAUCGUAUCAUUUAUUUCGGAAUUAUUAAAAAAUAUAAAAUAUAGUAAUCGAAUAAAACCAUCCGAUCCAUGGGUGAAUGAAAUAUUACAAAUCAUGAAAGAAUUACAUUAUAUCACUGAUAAAUUAACUAUACAAUUUGAAGUUGAAUUAUUAUUUAGCUUUUUAGAAUGUGAUUUUAAUGAAUGGAAAUCUGCUUAUUAUCUUAGACGGUUUAUUGAAAAUGAGAACAAGGAAUAAAAUAAACAAACAAUCAUCUAACUAGAUUGACGCUAGAUUUGAUAUAUAUAUGUAAUGGUCUUCUUGUCCGGAAUACUACUACUACUACUACUACUACUACUAUUACUAUUAUUAUUAUUAUUAAUAAUAAUAACAAUAAUAAUAAUAAUUAUUAUUAUCAACAAGUGAAUACAAAAAUAUUGAUUAUCAUUUUAAAUAAUCCAAUGAACAAUUAAUUAAUAUUUUUGUUUUUGUUUUAAUUUGUUGUUGUUUUCUUUUCUUAAAGUAAAUCAAAUUUGUUACCCGUUUUAGGGAAUAUUGUUUAGAAAGAUGAAUUAUAAAGUUAUAUGAAUUUAAAAAAAAAA